AUGUAACUGAUAAACUUGUGUUAAUUUCGUUAUAGGACCAGAGAUAGUCAUAUAUAUCUAACUAAUUUCAGAGAAAUACACACUCUUUAUUUGCUUCCGAUUAAAGAUGAGGAAUAUAUAGUUUUAUGGUCUGAAUCUUUUGAUGUAUGGGUGGAAGUUAUUGGAUAUUUGAUAAAAAUUUAGAUUACCAACAUUCGAUUUUCGUAAUUGGAAUCUGAACCUAAUAAAAAUUGAUUUGGAAAGUUUCUCAGUUGGAUUUAAUUAAGUAUUUAGUUUGAUUGCUCUUUAAUAUACAAAAAUACUUAAAUUAUAUAUAUCGUAAGAAACUAUAAAAAAAAUUGUUAUUUUAGAAGGAACUUAACUUGGAAAAUAAUUAUAUUCUUCGAAUCUAAUUUUUUCAACUGAAGUGAAUUAUCUGUUAUCAUUAGGAAUUGAUCACACAAUACGAUUAUGGGAUUUAUCUGAUUAUAACUCUAAUUAGAUUAAAAGUUAACUUGGCAAAACCAGUUUAAGCUUUAGCAUUUUAAUUUCUUAAUUCAGAUAUAAUCAGGAUUUUAAGCAUAUCUGGUGUUAUAAUUGAUUAAAAUAUUUAAGAAUAUUCAGAAAUAGGUGUUAUUGAAGAUUAAAAUUAGUUUGAUUUUAAAGCUGCAAAGUAAUAAGUAAAUAUACUUAAAUAUAUUGGUGAAAUAAAAGGUAGAACUUAGGAUAUUUUGGAUUCUCAAACAAAGUAAUUAAUAUUUACUUUGAAUAGAUUCAACUCCAAUAUAUAUACAAUUUUAGUUACUCCAUCUCAAUAGUAAUUCAUGCUUGGUAUGGGGGAUGGAUCAAUAUUAUUCUAUAAGAUUGAUUAGUAAACAUUAAAAAUUUAUGAAAAACCAAUUUGCUAUCAUAUUUUUGCAAAAAAUCCUCUUUUAUCAGCUUUAAAUUGUAGUAUUAGAGGAUCUACUUUUUAAACAAUUGAAAAUGAAAAUUUUGAAAAAGUAUUAUGUGAGAAAGGAGCCAAAAAAUGA